CAGCAGGCGGAAGAGGUGUGCUUAACAUUUAACCUUUUUGUGAGGCAAUGUGAAAAUGGCGUUAUGAACGGAAACAUAAUCGCAGGCUACGGGCAAAUAAAGUUUUCAGAGUCGCAGCAUGGGCAACACCAGCAGUGAGAGAAGCGGAGGGGAGAAGACGCACCGGCGGGAGAGCCGUAGUGGAAAAGAUGGAGCUCGACCCAAAAUCCUGAUGGACAGCGCAGAGGAUGGAGACCUCUUCCAGUCAGAUGAUGCCAAGGAGUUCCUAGCCUGGCAACAAGAUCAGGAGUCGGAUAGUAAAGCCCCGCUGGAGGAAAGGCCCACUGUGUUCCGCUGGAAAGGUCCAGGGAAAGAGAUCUACUUGUCUGGCUCCUUCAACAACUGGGCCACCAAAAUCCCCUUGAAUAAGAGUCAUAAUAAUUUCGUGGCCAUAAUUGACCUGCCAGAAGGAGAGCACCAGUAUAAGUUUUAUGUGGACGGACACUGGACUUUAGACCCUAAAGAGCCUGUUGUGACCAAUAAGUCAGGAGUGGUGAAUAAUGUAAUUAAAGUGAGGAAAACAGACUUUGAGGUUUUUGAUGCACUAAAGACAGACUCGGAGAAAUGUGCUGACAUGUCAGACUUGUCCAGCUCUCCACCUGGCCCGUAUCAUCAGGAUCCCUACUCGACUAAGUCCGAGGACAAACUGCGCUCUCCUCCUAUCCUGCCUCCACACCUGCUGCAGGUCCUCCUCAAUAAAGACACUGGAAUCUCUUGUGACCCAACCCUACUGCCUGAACCAAACCAUGUGAUGCUCAACCACCUGUACGCCCUUUCCAUCAAGGAUGGUGUGAUGGUCCUUAGUGCGACGCAUCGAUACAAAAAGAAGUACGUGACCACACUCCUGUACAAGCCUAUCUGAUCUCAGACCUCCUGUGGGACCACUAACACUUGCAUCCAUCAAAAAAGGGACCAUACCUACCAACUAUACUAAAACUCGUCUAAUUUUCUGUUUCUUCUGAUCCAUAAGCCUAUAUAUAUAAAUAUAUACACACACACACAGUGUUUGCACAAAUAAUAUAAUGCGUUUGUCAAAUGUUAAAAAUGUAUUUCUUAUACAGCUUUCAGAUAUUCAUAAUAAGGCUUUUCACUUUUGGAACUCUGAAAUUCUUCUAGAUCAUUUUAAGAAAAUCUGUGAUGUCUUUUCUUUGCAGUCUUGAUUCUAUGGAUGUCACGUAUACAUAUAUUUUUGACGUUUGUUGUGCCUGACUUUAUUUAACAUUCCCAACAAGUUGCGCUUGAUUUAAAAAUAUCUGCAAAUAAAGUGGAGAUUCAUAAAAAUAACUGCUCAUAAAUCAACCAUUA